ACCUGUGCGGCACAGGACUCAGGUGGGGCCGCGGGCUCGGGCAGGCCGGCCCAGGUGGGUUCCGUGGCUGCCUUCUGCCGAGGCCUGGCCGAGGGCCCCGAGGCCCCCGUGGGGUGCCCGGACCGAGGGGCGGCCUGCUUGCCAGACAGGUCUGACGGCAGUCGCUAGCUCGCUCGCUCGUCUGGGCAGAACCUGCUUUCCCAUGAGCCCCUACCUGCUUGCCCCUGGGGGUGCAGGCCCCCAUCUACCGGAGAGUGUUGGGGUUCUCUUUCUGACUUGGGAAGUGCGGGGGACCCAGGCGAUGCGGCCUAGUUGAGCCCUGGGCAGCUGCUGGCCAGGUGUGGACACCGCAAAAGAAAUAGCCUGGCCCGGUCUCACCAAGAACAGCCCGAGUUUUAGUGUUUCCUAUAUGGAGCUUCCACCACAAUAUUUGAUUUUCACAAAAGGAUUCUGUGGCUUAAAAAAAAAGUUUGAAAACCGCUGGUCUAGCAGUUUUUACCAAGAAGGAAACUGAGGCCCAGGGAGAGGAAGUGAGUUGCGUAAGAUCACCGCACCAAGCAGUAUAUGAGCAGGGCGCAGUCUUGGUUUCUCUGAGCCUCCCGGUGCCUGUAACAGGACCCGGCUCGGUGUCUGGUAGAGAGAGACCUUCCGUGUCCGAGCAGCCCUCCGGAGGCUUGCUCGGUGGCCGUGUCCCAGCCAGACAUCUAGCGCCUGGAAAACAGCAGUCGGUCCCGGGGGUAGGUGCAGUCCAGGGCCCCGCAGUGGCUGUGUCAGGAGGUUCCGGAGCUGGAGAGAGGGGCUUUGCCCAGGAGCACGGCCAGGAGGAGCACCCACGGCUCUCUGUGGCCAGGGCUGGAGCCGAGUCCCGUGAGAAACAGGAUCACAAGCAGCACAGCAAGCCUGUGGGUUUGAGACAAACUGGGGCUCCGAGGCCGCCAGCCCUCGCCCUCCCCAGCCCUGCCAGUCUCGGCCCCAUGCCCCCGCCAGUUAACCCCGGGCCACGGGCAGUGAGCAGGCACGUGGAAGCUGAGGCCUUGUGACCAGGCCAAGGAGACGGGAGCUCCGGGGUCCCGGCCACCUGCCCCCCCCAUGGAGCUGAGGCCCUGGUUGCUAUGGGUGGUAGCAGCAGCAGGAGCCUUGGUCCUGCUGGCAGCCGAGGCCCGGGCCCAGAAGGUCUUCACCAACACGUGGGCCGUGCACAUCCCUGGAGGCCCGGCAGUGGCUGACGGCGUGGCACGGAAGCAUGGGUUCCUCAACCUGGGCCAGAUCUUCGGCGACUAUUACCACUUCUGGCAUCGAGCAGUGACAAAGCGGUCCCUGUCGCCUCACCGCCCGCGGCACAGCCGGCUGCAGAGGGAGCCUCAAGUACAGUGGCUGGAGCAGCAGGUGGCAAAGCGGCGGACCAAACGGGACGUGUACCAGGAGCCCACGGACCCCAAGUUUCCCCAGCAGUGGUACCUGUCGGGCGUCACUCAGCGGGACCUGAAUGUGAAGGAGGCCUGGGCCCAGGGCUACACGGGGCGCGGCAUCGUGGUCUCCAUCCUGGACGAUGGCAUCGAGAAGAACCACCCGGACUUGGCAGGCAAUUAUGACCCUGGGGCCAGUUUCGAUGUCAACGACCAAGACCCUGACCCCCAGCCUCGGUACACGCAGAUGAAUGACAACAGGCACGGCACACGGUGUGCAGGCGAAGUGGCCGCAGUGGCCAACAACGGUGUCUGCGGCGUAGGGGUGGCCUACAACGCCCGCAUUGGAGGGGUGCGCAUGCUGGACGGCGAGGUCACGGACGCGGUGGAGGCACGCUCGCUGGGCCUGAACCCCAACCACAUCCACAUCUACAGCGCCAGCUGGGGCCCCGAGGACGACGGCAAGACGGUGGACGGGCCGGCGCGCCUGGCCGAGGAGGCCUUCUUCCGGGGCGUGAGCCAGGGCCGAGGGGGGCUGGGCUCCAUCUUUGUCUGGGCCUCGGGGAACGGGGGCCGGGAACAUGACAGCUGCAACUGCGACGGCUACACCAACAGCAUCUACACGCUGUCCAUCAGCAGCGCCACGCAGCUCGGCAACGUGCCCUGGUACAGCGAGGCCUGCUCGUCCACCCUGGCCACGACCUACAGCAGUGGCAACCAGAACGAGAAGCAGAUCGUGACCACUGACUUGCGGCAGAAGUGCACAGAGUCUCACACAGGCACCUCCGCCUCCGCCCCCUUGGCAGCUGGCAUUAUCGCUCUCACUCUAGAGGCCAAUAAGAACCUCACCUGGCGGGACAUGCAGCACCUGGUGGUACAGACCUCAAAGCCAGCCCACCUUAAUGCCAACGACUGGGCCACCAACGGCGUGGGCCGGAAAGUGAGUCACUCGUAUGGCUACGGGCUGCUGGACGCAGGAGCCAUGGUGGCCCUGGCCCAGAACUGGACCACGGUGGCGCCCCAGCGGAAGUGCAUCAUCGACAUCCUCUCUGAGCCGAAGGACAUCGGGAAACGGCUGGAGGUGCGGAAGACGGUGACCGCGUGCCUGGGCGGGCCCAACCACAUCACGCGGCUGGAGCACGCUCAGGCGCGCCUCACCCUGUCCUACAAUCGCCGUGGCGACCUGGCCAUCCACCUGGUCAGCCCCAUGGGCACCCGUUCCACGCUGCUGGCCGCCAGGCCACACGACUACUCCGCGGAUGGGUUUAAUGACUGGGCCUUCAUGACAACCCAUUCCUGGGACGAGGAUCCCUCUGGCGAGUGGGUCCUGGAGAUCGAAAACACCAGCGAAGCCAACAACUAUGGGACGCUGACCAAGUUCACCCUCGUGCUGUACGGCACGGCCCCCGAGGGGCUGCCGACGCCGCCCGAGAGCAGCGGCUGCAAGACUCUCACGUCCAGCCAGGCCUGCGUGGUCUGCGAGGAAGGCUUCUCCCUGCACCAGAAGAGCUGUGUCCAGCACUGCCCGCCGGGCUUCGCUCCCCAAGUCCUCGACACGCACUACAGCACCGAGAACGACGUGGAGACCAUCCGGGCCAGCGUCUGUGCCCCCUGCCACCCCUCGUGUGCCACCUGCCAGGGGCCGGCCCCCACGGACUGCCUCAGCUGCCCCAGCCACGCCUCCCUGGACCCCGUGGAGCAGACCUGCUCCCGGCAAAGCCAGAGCAGCCGGGAGUCCCCGCCACAGCAGCAGCCGCCCCCCCGGCCACCCCUGGAGGUGGGGACGGAGCCGCGGCUGCGGGCAGGGCAGCUGCCCUCGCACCUGCCCGAGGUGGUGGCCGGCCUGGGCUGCGCCUUCAUCGUGCUGGUCUUCGUCACUGUCUUCCUGGUCCUGCAGCUGCGCUCAGGCUUCAGCUUCCGGGGCGUGAAGGUGUACACCAUGGACCGCGGCCUCAUCUCCUACAAGGGGCUGCCGCCCGAGGCCUGGCAGGAGGAGUGCCCGUCCGACUCGGACGAGGACGAGGGCCGGGGCGAGAGGACCGCCUUCAUCAAAGACCAGAGCGCCCUUUGACGGGCCCGCUGCCCGCCCCUCACGCCGAUUCCCUCCUUGGGCACUUUUUAACUCACCAAAGUAUUUUUUUAUCUUGGGACUGGGUUCGGACCCCAGUUGGGAGGCAAGAGGGGCAGACGCUGCUUCCCGCCCUACCUUGCGGCCACCUGGCUGCCUGAGGUAGGGCCCAGGACCAGCUGGGGGGUGGGAGGUUCUCACCCCCCACCCACGUGGAGAAAGGAGUGAAACCUUUAGGGCAGCUUCCGAGGCCCAGGCCCCCGCCAGAGCCGCCGCCGCAGAGUGGAGAGGGGCCGCCCUUCCUUCCCGGGAUCCCUGACCCAGGCUGCAGCUCUCGCCCCCUCCUGUUCCUCUAAAGCAAUAAUGGUCCCCAUCCAGGCAGCAGGGAGGCUGGCCUAGGAGGUAUCUGACGGAAGAGGCCACCUCUCCAAGGGCUUUUGCGUCCCUGACCCUGUCCCCCACUUCUGGUGAGCCUCGGCGGAAGCAGUGAUCAUAGGAAGGGACCAAGGCCAGGCAGGUGCUUCCAGGCGUGCACGCGUGUGCGUGUCCCGUGCCUGCCGCUGCGCUCCGUGCCUCCCAUGCUCGGCCGGCCCCGCAGGGGCUGAAGCUCCGGCUGAGCCCACGCUGGCGUCCUGACCACCCUCCCCUCUCGUGCACCCUUCCCUCCCGCCAGGGCCCAAGUCCCUGUUUUCUGAGCCCGGGGCUGCCUGGGCUGUCGGCACUCACAGUCCUGGAGCCCCUGGGUGGGUGGUGGGGAGGGACGGUGGCCCAGCCGGGCUCUCCCGCCUCCCACCCGAUGCUGCUUUCCCCUGUGGGGAUCUCAGGGGCUGUUUGAGGAUAUAUUUUCACUUUGUGAUUAUUUCACUUUAGAUGCUGAUGAUUUUGUGUUCUUUUUUUUUUUUUUUGUAUUUUUAACGGGGGUAGCAGCUGGACCACCCACCUUCUCACACCCACCACCCACCCUGCUCCUCCCUGGCUGCCCCGGCCGAGGUGUAGGGGCUGCAGCGAGUUGCCGAGGAGUGAGGGGCAGCUGAGCCCCGAGUCUGUCCUGAAGCGGUGGCCAGGCGGGCGGGCUCGAGGAAAGGGGCCACGGUGGGAGGGGCAGAGUGACAUCCGUGUUUCAUGUGGGGCUCAUCGUGCCAAGGGCUCAUGGGUCACUGGCUCUCCAAGUGCCAGGGGUGGGCAGGGGGUGGCACCGAGCCCCUCCAACACUGUGCCCUGGUGGAGAAGGCGCUCACCCGCCACGCCCCACACGUGCCCUCUCCGACGUGCCUUUUGCACCCCUCCUGUUAGGACAAUCAGUCCCCUCCCAUCCGGGAGUCCCCUUUUCUUUCUCCCCCGUCACCGUCCUGGUCUCUAGCCACCUGCCCAGGGGUGCCCCCUCCUCGCCCAUCCCCCACCCUCGUGGCCAGCCCAGCUGGUUUUGUAAGAUACUGGGUUGGUGCACGAUGAUUUUUUUUUUUCUUGUAAUUUAAACAGGCCCAGUAUUGUUGGUUCUAUUUAAUGGACACGAGAUAAUGUUAGAGGUUUUAAAGUGAUUAAACGUGCAGACUAUGCAAACCAA